AAGCGGAGCAGCUACGCCGAGCAGCCGUCCGUCCGCUUCCUGCACGAGGUGCUCCUGGUGGGCCUGGCCGAGGGCGGCGGCUCGGUGGGCUGGAGCUCCUUCGCGGCCUGCAACCGCCUCCUGGGCGCCCGCCUCCGCCUCCCGCUGGUCUCGGCUAGAGAGGAAGACGUCAAUCAGGAUGGCGUGAUGGACCUAUUGCAUUUCCGGCUGGAGCUUCCCCUGCAGUCCACGGAGCAAAUACUUGGGGUACAGCUCAUGCUGACCUUUACUUACCAGUUACAAAGAAUGUCCACAUUUGUGAUGCAGAGCAUGGCCUUUCUCCAGUCCUCCUCCCCCGUGCCAGGGUCGCGAGUCAUCGUGAGUGGAGACCUGAGGCUGCGCCAGAGGCAGCCGCUUGGCCAUUGCGGGCUGGACGACAGAUACAACGUAUCUGUGAUCAAUGGCUCAAGCCCUUUUGCCCAGGACUAUGAUCUCACGAACAUAGUGGCAGCGUAUCAGGAGAGAAAUGUCACAACAGUUCUGUCUGCUGAUGCCGGCCCCAUCUGGGUAGUUGGAAGAGCACCCAGCGACCCUUUUGUGAUCCAGGCCACCAUCCAUUACCCAGUGGAACUGAUUGUAUAUCAGCCCGGCUUCUGGGAAAUGAUCAAGUUUGCCUGGAUCCAGUAUGUCUCCCUUCUACUGAUUUUCUUCUGGAUUUGUGAAAAAAUAAAAACCUUCCUUUUCCAGAAUCAGGUGCUAGACGCUGUUCCGGUGUUACCGGUUUCUUCCGUAUUGACCCACAAAGAACACCAGUCCUGAAAACGUCUCUUCAAAACAAACAAUCAAAUAUGAACAGCCACAGGAUAAGCAAAGUGGGCCACUUUCACUUUGUCCAAUGUUCUUCCCCUCCCAGAAGAUGUGGGGAGACCUGGGCAUUCCAGAGCCUGUGCCAUUGCCCCUUCAAGAUCCAAGCACAUUCCUGGUGUUCCCGUUUUCCCUUUGCAAGGGGUUUUGCUGUCUGCCACCUCAUCUAAUUUGCAGUCCUGCUUUGAGAUGUUCUUUCUUAGUUGCUGUUGGAUACUAGUGUAUUUUAGAGGCAGUCUGUGUAUACCCAUGCAGGGGCUCUUUGGCAGGUAAGAGGAUGGUUUUACUUAUAAAAGCUGUGUUCAUGAGAUGUUCUCUCGUGAUUGACUGUAUCUGCAAUUUCACCCUUGAAUUUUGGACAUGCCUCGAUGUCAUGCUUCUACACAGGGAUUUCAGAAAUCCCCGUGAGUGAGGGAGCAAGCCCACUCUUUCCAGAGGGCAGUAGCUUCAGCAGGGAUGCUGUCCUCCCAAGGAGAGUGAGCGUGUGCCACCCGUGCCUUCUGAGAUGGGGACGGAAACCACCUGCCCCACGGCAUGCAGGUGACAGCCGGGGCCAGCUGCACCUCCAGGAAAUGGACUUCCCCCGCAGUAAACUCCGGGACUCUCCUCGUGCGCCUGCCAGCUGUCCUAACACACCCAGAUACGGAAGGCAAGCGGUGCAGGGAGGGAGCAGCCCCACCCGCUACGCCAGCCCCUUCCAUCGAGGGCUGCUAGGGAGGGGCCUACAGCACAGUCACGCAGAGGUCCUUGGCUGGCUUCUGCCCUGUUUGCCCCAGACGGGCCCCUGGCCCCAUGCCAGAGUUCCUGGCCCUUCCUCACCUCUGGCUUGUUCAUUAGCCAGGUGUCGCGUCAUUCUGACUCAGUGAAUGGCUCAAGGUGCUCUCGGGGGUGUGUGUGUGUGUGUGUCCAGCCCAGCUACAUCUCCUUCCUAUAGAGAGGCAGAAGCCACUGUGGCACCCUGAGGCGCUCUCUGCCAGCAGGUAGUGACGUUACAGCUUCUCUCUUGUUCUUCGUCUUCUGCAAGUAGCUUGCAACUCACUGCCCAAGCCGUCGAGGAAAGACUGGCUCAGUCCUCAUAGAGAACAGGCCGAGGCUCCAAAAAUGGGUGGCCACCGUGGCACUUUCUUCAUAGAAGUGGGCGGUAGUUUGGCAUCUCCCUCUGCCCUUGUUUUAAUGUGCCUGAGAGAAGCGGGUCUCAUCUGCUGCUCUUUGCUGUCUCCAGUCUGCUUGGCACUAUACAGAAUAACAGAUCUUUGGUUAAAGAGCUUUCUCAUCAUAAAGGAGUGGUUCCCCUCUUUACUGGACUGGGAGAAUACUGGGAGGCAUGCAUUCCCAUCUGUGGCGUAUAAUUUUAAAAAACCUUGGCUUGAAUCUCUCUUCCGUGUGUGCGUGCAUCAAGCGAAGACAGGGUGCAGAUGCUCUCUGUGUAUCGGAGUCUUGCAUCUAAGGACUGAGGAGGAGGGGCCCCUGUGGCUCCGUGGCAGAGCCUCUGCUUGGCAUGCAGAAGGUUGCUGGUUCAGUCCCCGGCAACCUCUCCAGUUGUAGGUGGUAGGGAAGAGACCCUGGAGACUGACAGCCAGUCAUGUGAGACAAGACCCGAUGUGCUGUAGUGGUUAGAAGU